AUGGUUAUUGCACGAACUCGUAACCCUACCCGACGCGUACAUCCACUCUCUCACACGGAUACCGACCCAUGCACACACAUCGACAAACUCCAUAGUGACAAGGCCAUUCUAGUUAGUGUUCAACUCUUCAAGAGCAACCCUACCUCUUCGGUGGAUUGUGGCAAACAAUGCAACUUAUCUAUCUAUCUAUCUAUCUAUCUAUCUAUCUAUCUAUCUGAGUCCGUUCAUAUCUAUCUACAGAGGACAGUUUUUUUUCUCAAUCCUAUCUAUCUAUCUAUCUAUCUAUCUAUCUAUCUAUCUAUCUAUCUAUCUUACUCUAUUAAUAUCUAUCUAUCUAUCUAUCUAUCUAUCUAUCUAUCUAUCUAUCUAACUAUCUAUCUUACUCUGUUAAUAUCUAUCUAUCUAUCUAUCUAUCUAUCUAUCUAUCUAUCUAUCUAUCUAUCUAUCUAUCUAUCUAUCUUACUCUGUUAA